UUCCUAUGACAAAAUUAUUCAUCAAUUUAGGUAAAGGAAUAGUGAAUAGCAAUAUUGACAUGUCAGGUUGUUCAGUUGAAAUUUUACUGACUUUCCAACGCUUAUUUUUAUCAAUCCCAACAAAAUUGCUCCAACAAUGGGUAAUUCCUUAAUGCAACGAUAUCCAUUGAAAGUCCAACAAACAGUCUUUAUCAAUAACCAGAAAGAGAGUAGUAAAGUGAAAUGUCUCCGUGCGGUCUCCUCAUUAUAAUUUGCAUGAAAAGAAAUUCAAAAAGAAGGCGACCGCAUCCUCUUUAACCCUGCCUCGGCUUUCUGCGGUAUUCAAGCAAAACCCAUUAAAAGGAAUUCUGCAUACUAAAUAGAGGACGUUUAAAAAUUUCCAUUAAUUCAUUAAGAACUACACCCGUAGAACAAAACUUCCUCAAUUAAAAUAUCAAAUUAAAUAAUUGUUAGACACUGGUAUUUCAUUCACUACACGAGGAGAAAUUUCUCCGGAAAAUUCUGAUCCGAGCACAAGAAACGACGUGCAAAGUCAUGGUUGGGAAAAAAUUCUAGUGCGGAUGUUGGAAUUUGUUAUUAGCUUAAAGUUGAAUUUUCCGCAAAAAUCUCGACGAAUUUUUGAUAGACAACGUUUACUUUGAAGGAAUUGGAUUUUUUUUUAUCACUCGUACGUGAAUUUUUCAAGAAAAUUUUUCCUUGUGCUUAAACAUCGCAGGUGAUGUCGAAUACAUGUUUGAUUGAUUCAUCUUGAAGAAGUCGCUUUGUCCCAAGACUAAAUGAAAAGCAUUUCCAGCAAAUAUUUUAACACCUGAAAACUGAAAUAAAAUAUUCGUGGGAACUCCAUCCAUUCACAGUUCUGAUAUCUUGGUUUAAUUGUGCCUGAAAGGCGCACAUUCAAGUGUCUCAUUAGUAUAGCUUAUUUAAUUGUAGAAUAAAACUAGGUAGGAAGAUAGGAUGCCUUGAGGAUAGAAGCAGACAAAUAGAAAGAAAUUCUCAUCUCAUCACAGCGUGAAAAGAAAAGUCGGAUGUGUUGCCUUGCGGCAUUUACUAAGCGACAGGUCGCGCUUGUCUAUGGCUAUCGGACGGAGACAAAUGUGCACAAACAAAUAGAAACGUAAUGAGAGACAUGUUGUCAACACAUAUACCUUUGACCCCUUAGAUAUUAAGCGAAGAAUUGUUGGGGUAAAUACCCGGAAUACCAAUUGCGUUGUUAGAAAAUUGUUUGUCGGUGCAAUCCUCAUUCCACUGUGAAUAGAUCCCUGAAUCAAUAAUCUCUUCCGUUGAGUCUUCAAAUUCUUAUCAAGUCUUGCAUUAGUGGGGGACUGUAUUUCGAGCUACUACCGAUUAUGAUAUCCUGCGCCCUAUUCCUGCUGACCGCAGGAGAUGAUUCGGAGGAGGUCAGUCCUUUGCCACCGAUAAAAAUCGACAAGCACCUGCGCCGGGCGCUUUUAAAAGCCCUGGAAGACCUGGAAACCGAAUCAGAAGAGCAGAAGCCAGAUCCUCCAACAGCGGAGGGUCUCGCUACGAAAGUUGCGGAUAAUAUCAACAUAUCCAAUCGCUUCGCAGGUGCCUCCUUCUCCUUCUCCGAUUUCCCGGGAGAAUCUUCGGAAGUCCCGUCCGAGGAGAAACUCCAAAAUUCGAGUUUCGUGGAAAUGGAAAAACUCGAAACCUCAGAGCCCAAGGAGGCCGAGAAAGCUGCUUUCCAGAAGUACGACGUACUUCUAGGUGACAAGGAGAUACAAGAGAAGAGCCCAAACCCAAAUCAAGUCGAUCAGAUUUUAACGCGGAGUGUGGAAAUAACAGGUGGCAGAUCAGCAAAUUUGAUCAGUCAAUCAACCAUAGAAAAGGAUGAGAAAGAACAUUUGAGCGUUAGUUCAAGCAAUGGAAUAGUUUCAGCUUCCGCAAACUCAUUGGUUCCCCCCAGUCCAACACCAUCAAGUCCCACAGUGAAGACAGUAUCCCAGAAUAUUACGUCACCAUUGCUCCCAACAUUGUCACCAGAUGUGAGUGCAAACCCGAAUGACACCGAGGUGAACAUCUUUCAGGCGCCUUUGGUAGCGGCUUUCACAGUUCAGCAGGAUGAGAGAGGAGUACCAAAGAGCGUUGUACCCCUGUACAAACCGGGUUCAGACAAUGAGGGACUAAGUCUCCAAGAGCAACUGGAAUUCAGGCAGCAGCUCUUGGACAAACAAUUGGCAGAGUUGCAAGCUCAGCAGAUCCGUCAGACACAGUUCUUGUACAAUCAACAGCAGUUAUAUCAUGAGCAGUUGAGGCUGAAGCAGAGACAGCAGUUGCAUCUGCAAGAACAGGCGAGGAUAAAGCAGUUUGAGGAACAAAGAAUUCAGCAGUUCAAUCAGUUACAGCAGCAGGUGCAACAGGCUCAACAGGCGCAGUUGCAAAAUCCUCAAGGGGCAUUCAGUCAGAAUAAUUUGUUGGCAUUUCAGCCCCCUUUCCAGACUCAAAACGUUCAGUUCCAACCAAGUGUGAGCCUUCAGCUCCCUAAUACAGCUGUGCCACCGCCAUUUGCCCAAUCUCCAUCAGUCCAGGAGCAGCUGAGACUCCAACAACUCCAGAGGCAGCAAAUAAUUCAGCAUCAGGCCCAGCAACUGCAAUUUCAGAGGCAGCAGGCGCUCUAUUUGCAGCAGCAGAGGCUCCAGCAGAGUUUUCCCGGCUUUCAAAGCGAAUUUCAACCCCCCGCUCCUAUACCUGCUACCAGAUUUCAUAGACAAGAAGCCUUCGGCUCUGUUGGGAACUUCGGUAUCAAUGAUAACAGACAAAUCAUCAACAGAAAUCAUCUGCCUCUAGAGCCUCCUAGGCUCCCAGCUCAGGAUUUUGUGACACUGAAUCAGUUUGGAUUCAGGCAACAGCCUCUAAGGCCUCCAACCGCUGCAAGACAGAUACAGCAUCUGCUGCAUCAAUCUGGUGUGGCCGGAGGCCUUCAAUCUCCGAAAAAUCAACAGGGACGCUCCAACCAGGAAGACCUCAACAUUGUUUCCAAAGUUCUAGCGCUUAACGUCGGUUCUAUUCCUACCAAAAAUCUACAGUUCAAUGACCAAGGCUUCGCCAGGGCGUGAGAGUUACUGAAGAACUUAUUACUUUAUUUUUAUGUUUAAAUUAUUUCUCCUACAAGUGUAAAGGAUUCAGCAAGAGAGUCUCCAUGAGAUUUAGGAAUUUCCAGGCUGGUGACGCUCGUGAUCUUUUCCACUUGAAAAAUGUCUAUUGAUUCGUUGAAAAAUUAAUUUCAAAUAUAUCAAGGGGGUAAUGCGGGCGUCCGUCUUAUUGAAGUUGGCAUCGGAUUAGUUGACGUUUUUUUAAGUGGAUAUCAGUCGCAAAGAUCACGAGAAGAUUCAUUCACAGAGGGCAAUGAGGUGAAUCGGAUCGUUCGAAGCUUCUGAAGAUCCUUUUGAUAACAGGAAACAGGGGAGAUUCUUUAAUUAUUUUAUUUUAAACAUUAUUAACUGAGGUAAAGACGAGGGAAAACUUCUCCGAAAGGCGACUGUAUCUCUCCACAAUCGCUGAGACGGAAGUUGAGGCCUUAACAGGGAUAAUGAUAUUAAUUAAGAGAUUUUCGUUGUUACUUUGCAAACAUUCCUAGUAUGAGAUUCUCUGCUUCACGGAGACCGUAAAAAGUAUGUGCAGAAUUGUUCAGAGAGAUGGAUUUACGUAAUCAAUUAUGUGGCAUGUAGGACAGUUAAUCACAUUGUUCGGGAAUUUCUGUCUUCCUCGUUGAAUUUUUUCGUUCUGUUUCAUUCUCACUUGUUUCCCGCACAUGUGAUGAUAUUUCGUCUCGGCGGGGAUAAAUAUGUUAUUACAGUAAGAGUGGAGAUAAGACAGCAUGUAAUGGAGAGUCGAACAGGUCGAGAGAAAUGAAAAGUAGGCGGGCAACAAUUGAUACCAAGCAAAAACCUAUUGAGAAAUAUUGGAGUGUCAUGCUGGGUCCAUUCAAUUUCGUUGACUCACGCAGAAAUUCAUCAUUCUUAUGAUGUAAUUUUUUUGAGACUUGAUGAACGAAUCAUGACCAAUAAAAUUUUCUUUAGCUCCUACAAUUGUUUAGUUCAAACUUGUUCGCCAGAAAAUUUUCUCUCGACCUUGCCGCAAAAAUCUUUCUCAUGAGAGACCGAAUCACCUUCUGAAAAAAAAAUCUAUUUACAUUUUUUUAAGCUCCUUUUCGAAACAAUGUAAAUUUCUUCCUCUCUUGAAUCUUAUUUCUUUUCUUCGAUUAACGACCUCGAUAAACACCUCAUCAUCCUUCUCACUGAAUAAACCGCGAGCUCUCCAAUUUCUCCUCAAUUGUAAAAAUGAAUUUUCCAUUCUCGUGGUGAAGUGAUUCAUAAAAAAUCAUAAAUAAAUUGUGCACGAAAUUGCAAGAUUUCUAAAAACUCCAACCAUCGAUUAUUCCCAAAUUAAUAGCUAAUUAAUCUCGAUUUUCAUCCGAUUACCUAUAAAUCUCGAAAUUACCGAUUUCUGGAUAGAUAUAAAAUUUUUUUUUCACCGUUUCUAUGACGUUAUUUACAAAUCUUCGUUAAUAACGAAUAGCCCCUCAGUAAUCGUUGAACUUCCGUAACGCAUUUUAUUCCAAGGUCAUGAGAGGUGACGGUGCAUUGGCGGAUGAAAACGGUAGACAUGAAAUUGAAACUGAAAACUUUCCCCACUAUUUUUUUUUUCAUUUCUAGCGCAAGUAUUCCUCUGUAUCGAAAGCCGAUGAGUCGACUAGGCUGUUGCAAACUACCGUAUGAUCCUCGUGUCUUUAUAAUCCCUCUGACUAUUUCAUCUUCUGUUGUGGAGGUGUCCUCAAUUUCACAAACGCGUUUGGAAUAGACUCCCGAUUUCUCCAGUUACAUGAAAUCGACGACAAACGUUUGCCUAAAAUUGAGUUCAUCUCCUCCAAUGUUUUUUCAUGCCUUAUUUCUGUAUCACCACCUUUGCCAGUUCUAAUCUCCAUUGAAUCUCGGAUACCUCUAAAUUCGAGGUAGAUUGUCUAUGGCUCUCUGGUCCCUGGAUCUAUUUUUUCUCUACUAAGUUAUAAAUCACUAGAUUAGGAAUAAUUUAAAUAACAUCAGAUGUGUGAAUAACGGCCUAGUGUAAACCUUAAUUGAUAGAAUUUACGACAUGAGUGAAUUUGUUCCUUGUUUAUCGCAGUAAUUUAUCUAUAAUGUAUUAAUUCUUGUUUUUAAGAUGACACGUGUAAAAAUGCCAAUAAAGUAUGAUUAAAUUA